AUGUCCUCGAGCCAACAAAGUAGUCAGGGCAGAGGAGCAACGACUCCUAAGCGGGCUAAUAGCUCUUCUAGGGAAGCAAUGGAUUCCUCUCCAUUAUUUUUUCCCACUUCUUCUCCCGGUUUGAGUCAGCAUACAACCCCUAAAACAAAAACGCGUACAUCUCUCGCAUCCUCCCCUUUAUUAUUUGAAUCUAGUUCGCCAGCUCCUCAGGCUCCCCAUAGCUCUCGUUCUAUUCCUCUUUCUCAGCAUAAUGAUCUUUUCUUAGCUGGAAGCUCACAGCGAACUCCCAAAUCUUCAAGACGCGGUGAUAUUCAUUCUACUGUACAAUUAAAAACACCUUCCAGAAGAGAAGUUGAUCCCCAGAAAAUUGGAGCUACUACUCCUAGCAGUCUGAUUUUCUCCGGUUCAGACGCUUUAACAUUCAGUCAAGCUCAGCCUACAAGUGAAGCUAACGAUGAUACCGUUCGUGUCAUCUGGGGGACGAAUGUUUCGAUUCAAGAAAGUAUAGCUUCUUUUCAAGGGUUUCUGCGUGGGUUUAAGAAAAAAUACCGGCCUGAGUAUAGAAAUGAUUUCAUGCCUCCUCCUGAUGCCGAACAAGCUGUAUAUAUAGAAGCGCUUAGAAAUAUGCGUAUUAUAGGUUUAGAUAUCCUUAAUUUGGACGUGCAGGAUUUGAAGCAUUAUCCUCCUACGAAAAAGCUUUACAACCAGUUAUACUCAUAUCCCCAAGAAAUUAUUCCGAUUAUGGAUCAGACUAUUAAAGAUGUAAUGCUUGAUUUGUUAGGAACGAAUCCUCCAGAGGACAUAUUAAAUGAUAUUGAACUAAGAAUAUACAAAAUUCGGCCGUUCAAUUUGGAGCGAACCAUCAAUAUGCGCGAUUUAAAUCCUGGUGAUAUCGACAAAUUAAUUUCUAUCAAGGGCUUGGUUCUUCGUUGUACCCCUGUAAUUCCUGACAUGAAGCAAGCUUUUUUCCGGUGCUCGGUUUGCGGGCACAGUGUCACGGUGGAAAUUGAUCGAGGCCGUAUUGCGGAGCCAGUGAAAUGCCCAAGAGAAAUCUGUGGUGCAACAAAUUCUAUGCAGCUAAUACAUAACCGCUCAGAAUUUGCUGAUAAACAGGUCAUUAAGCUGCAAGAGACACCUGAUAUUGUCCCAGAUGGUCAAACACCUCAUUCUGUUAGUCUCUGUGUCUAUGAUGAACUCGUUGAUUCUUCUAAGGCAGGUGACCGUAUAGAAAUAACAGGUAUAUUUCGCUGUGUCCCCAUCCGAAUGAAUCCUCGUCAACGAACAAUUAAGUCUCUCUUUAAAACAUACGUCGACGUUGUCCAUAUAAAAAAGCAAGAUAGGAGGCGAUUAGGUACUGAUCCUUCUACUUUGGAUAAUGAUUUAGCUGAAGAUACAGCUGCUCAAAUUGAUGAUGUUCGCAGGAUUACCGAUGAAGAAGUUGAGAAAAUCAAGAAGGUUUCUGAGCGACCCGAUUUGUAUGAUUUGCUUCCUCGUUCACUGGCACCAAGUAUUUAUGAAAUGGACGAUGUAAAGAAAGGAAUACUAUUACAACUCUUUGGAGGCACAAACAAAACUUUUCAAAAGGGUGCCAGUCCUAGAUAUCGAGGUGAUAUAAAUAUUUUAAUGUGCGGUGACCCAUCGACCUCCAAAUCUCAGAUCCUUCAGUACGUUCAUAAAAUUGCACCUCGUGGUGUUUACACUAGCGGUAAGGGUUCUUCGGCUGUAGGUUUAACAGCUUAUAUUACUCGCGACCAAGACACAAAGCAGUUGGUCUUAGAAAGUGGUGCUUUAGUGCUUUCAGAUGGUGGUAUAUGUUGUAUUGAUGAGUUCGAUAAAAUGACAGAUGCAACACGGUCUAUUCUUCAUGAGGUUAUGGAGCAACAAACAGUAACAGUGGCUAAAGCAGGUAUUAUUACUACCCUUAAUGCCAGAACAUCGAUUUUGGCAAGUGCAAAUCCAAUAGGAAGUAAGUAUAACCCUGAAAUGCCGGUUACAAAAAAUAUAGAUCUACCUCCCACGUUGCUUUCGAGAUUUGACUUGGUUUAUUUGAUUUUAGACCGAGUAGAUGAAACAAUAGACAGAAAACUUGCUAAUCAUAUUGUUUCAAUGUACAUGGAAGAUACUCCUCAGAAUGCUACGGAACACGAAGUACUAUCCAUAGAGUUUUUGACAAGUUAUAUUACCUAUGCACGCAAUUGCAUACAUCCCAUCAUUACUGAACCAGCUUCAAAAGAACUUGUUAAUGCCUAUGUUGACAUGAGGAAACUUGGAGAAGAUGUAAGGGCUUCAGAAAAGCGUGUAACAGCAACAACUAGGCAAUUGGAAUCGAUGAUCCGUUUAUCUGAAGCUCAUGCCAAGAUGCAUCUUCGUGAAACGGUUGAGGUGGAAGACGUUCGGGAAGCUACCCGUUUAAUUAAGACUGCUAUUAAAGAUUAUGCUACCGAUCCUGCUACAGGAAAAAUUUCUUUGGACCUUAUUUACGUCAAUGAAAGAGAAACACUUGUUUCCGAAGAUAUGGUUCGAGAAUUGAGUAAUUUGAUUUCUACACUGACUGCUGGAGGCAAAACAUUCAUGGUUAGCCAGCUUUUAACUCGAUUCCGUGAGCAAAGUACGGCUCAUGUCGAUGCUUCAGAGUUUGAAGCCUCACUGGCAGCAUUGGAGAAGAGAGGUCAACUGAAAGUGGUAACGAGUGCUGGGCAUCGUCUAGUAAGACCGAUUGCUCAGGUUGAAUGA